AUGGACUGCACCAGUGGCGUUCCGUACCAUCUCCCAACAAUAAAUUGCUCAUUCGUGCAGCCAGGUGAUCUUGACUGUUUCUACAAGAAGCGAGGCUUUCAAGCUGUUCCCGAAAGUUGGGCUGAGAGCCAUUUACUUGGCGCUUUAGUCAUUCCUCUACUUCAUGGACAGCUCGAUUUUUUCAAUGGCAUCUAUUUCGCCUUCAUCUGUCUGACGGCAAUUGAGUAUGGGGAUCUCGUGCCUGACAAUAACUGGUACAUUCCCAUCGUUAUCGUUUAUGUAUGCAUUGGAUUAGCAAUUUCGACAAUCGCUUUAGAUAUUGGCUCGUACUACGUACGGAAACUGCACUAUAUUGGUCAAAAAUUGAAAAAUAUUGCAAAUAUUCGUAUAUGGUUCGGCGCUAAGGAGUGA